GCCACCUAAUUAUUGACAUUGGCAGCGCAUGUGAUGGAUACUUCAGUUGAUAAAUUUAAGAAAACCUAUUUAGAAUAUUAAAAGGUUUGAAUUAUUGAAUAAAUAGUAUAGGACCGAAUAUUAGAAUAGUUUGCUAUUCAGUUAGUUCACUAAAAGUAAAUUGGAUUAUGUGUUCAUAUUUUCGUAUAUUCUGUUUUGUUGCUGUUAUUAGUGCACUACCAUUAGUAAAAAGAAAAUUUCCAAUUCCAUUAUCUCCGUGCCCUAGCGUAUUUAGGUAUGAGCGAAUUGGCAACAACGUUUCUGCUAGUAUCUUCGUAAAAAAGAACCAGAGUUACUCGAAUAAUAACUUACGUAUAAAUAUGACUGGGGAGGAUAUAGUAUUAAAAAAACAUUUAAUACGGCUCAGACUGGUACCAGACGAAAAAGAUGAUCAAAAGCGAACGUUACACUUUAAAAUAUCUUUUAACGAAAUGGAUCCUGUACCUUCUAUCGAGCAAAUUUGGUUUAACGAUGUGUUAGUGUGCAACAGUACACUAAAAGUUCCCUCAGAUGGUAGAGGUAUUAACAAUCAGCUUCUUUUAAAUGCCUUUCCAUCGAGAAGAAAACGCAGGGGCGAGGAUUAUGAGGAUGAUGAUGGAACGGAAGAGGAUGACAGACCACGAAUGGUUUAUUUACAGCUGGGAAUUCUGAAUAUAGAUGAUCGAGAAACAAAUUAUUUUUAUCCUUUAAGCAAAGCCGGUUACACACUAGUUUACUAUUAUUUUGAUGAAUGAAGCACAUUUGUUUGUAUAAAAUUCUCCAUUAAAGUAGCUCAUUUUGAUUCAAAAAA